GUAGCUGUACAUGGAGAUCGGCUGGGAAAUUCGACCAGUGCCCUGAGCAGCGCCGAGACCGGGAAGCCUUUUUUGAGCCUUGAUUUUUUUUCCCCUCCAUCGUCGCCAGCACCACCAUCUUCUUCGUUCUCGUCCUCUUCCUCAGCUUCUCCAUCGAGGCAAGGAAGAGCUGCGGAUUUCCCUGGUGGGGCAGCUGCGAAGCAGCCAGCAAAGUGGAUGGGAGCCGGUCAGAUUUAACCGCAGGAGUCGCUUCCCGUCCAGGGAGGAGAAGGAACUGGACCCACUGGGCAAGCUGGGGGGCACAUUCCAGCCAAGGGGAGGCUGUCGGAGGAAAAUGCAGGUGUAAGUAAACAUCCCCCCCCAAGUUGUAUUCAUAUAUAUAUUUAAAAUCCCUCUAAGAAGACGCCACAAGAAAAAAGACAGCGAGGGAAACUCACCUCUUGGAGACGGGAGGGGACCCUCUUUUCAGGGGGGACCCUGCUCCCCUUUCUUGUCUUCCUUCGCCCCUUCAGCCCCAACCUCCCGGGCCGCAUGAGUGCCGCGGGAGGCCCUGAUCCUGCUGCCUCCAGGGGGCUCGGGGGGCUCUGCAGCUCUCCUCCGAUGGCCACCAGCCUCUGCUAAGACGCUCUUCUCGGCAGCGCAGAUCCAGGGACCGGAUCGGGGGCGCGGGGCUCCCGGAGCCCCGGCGAUGAGUCUGGUCGGGGGCUUCCCGCACCACCCCGUGGUCCACCAUGAGGGCUACCCCUUCGCCGCCGCAGCAGCAGCCGCAGCCGCAGCCGCCGCCGCCAGCCGCUGCGGCCACGAGGAGAACCCCUACUUCCACGGCUGGUUGAUCAGCAGCCACCCCUCGGAGAUGUCUCCUCCCGACUACGGCAUGGCGCUCUCCUACAGCCCCGAGUACGCCAACGGCGCGCCGGGCCUGGAGCCCCCCGCGCACUACGUGGGCGGCGUGGCCCCCCCGGGCAGCGGCGGCGGGCCGCCGGGUUUAGGGGGCGGCCCGCGGCCGGUCAAGCGGCGCGGCACGGCCAACCGCAAGGAGAGGCGCAGGACUCAGAGCAUCAACAGCGCCUUCGCCGAGCUGCGCGAGUGCAUCCCCAACGUGCCCGCCGACACCAAGCUGUCCAAGAUCAAGACGCUGCGCCUGGCCACCAGCUACAUCGCCUACCUCAUGGACCUCCUGGCGAAGGACGACGCCAACGGCGAGGCCGAGGCCUUCAAGGCCGAGAUCAAGAAGACCGACGUCAAGGAGGACAAGAGGAAGAAGGAGCUGAACGAGAUCCUGAAAAGUACAGUGAGCAGCAACGACAAGAAGACGAAAGGCAGGACGGGCUGGCCGCAGCACGUGUGGGCUCUGGAGCUCAAGCAAUGAGGCGCUCGCAGGACUGCAGGGAAGGAGCGCCCGAAGAAGCCUCGUCUUGCAGGGGGACUCUCUUGCGCCUUCGAGAGAGCCGCUGCCGAGCUGAGGACUCGUUGUUGUUGUUGUUUUGGAAUCGUCUGGUUUAUUUAUGUGCAAUUUCCCUCCCCUAGUCUCGCCUUUAAAAAAACCCCAAAAAGAAACCCGCGGAUCUUGGAAGAAAAGCAUUCCGUAUUUGAAUAUAUGAAGAAGAAAACUCCGGCGUGGUAAGGGGGAUAAUGGCGUCUCCAUAGUUUCUUGUUUUGUUUUUUCCCCCUCCUUCCUCCUCUCUCCCCUUCAUUGAAUGUUAUUUUUGCUUUAUUUGUAUAGAACACACGGGACAAAAAGAAAGAAAGAAAUCUCGCAGGCAUUAGGGUGUCAUGUGAAGUGUAUGUGUUUAAUACUUGCCCCGUUGGGUCAACGUGUUGAUGGCGAUCUCAAAGCAGGAGCCCACAAUUUCUGCGUCUUGGGCCGAGUCCGGGGCUUCCCAGGUUUGUCCUUUUCCCCAUUGUGGUCGCUCAAAGAGCUGGGAGAGAUUUUGCGACAGCUCUUUUGUCCAAGUGCACUUCGGUCCUUAAGGAAGCGAACCGAACGUUAAAAAUUAAAAUAAAAGUAAAAACGAAUCGUCCGUGGAGCUGAAUUUAAUAACGCAAAGGUGUAAACGCUGUACGUAUUCAAUAAACCACUGUGUGUGUGUUUUCUAAAACGAAAA